AUGGCAUCAAAAUCAUCGAGCAAACCUCCAGCCAAGAAACGUCCUAGGUUGAGCAAUGAGCCUAGCAACGAGGUCUCUGGCUCAUCUGUAGAGACUAACUCCCCUCCUCGUUGGGAUCCCGCAGCUGAGGCUGUGGCCCAAACUGCUUCAGAAACCCACCCGACACUUGACACUGCAGGGAACCCCAUGUUGAAAUUUUGCACCGCUACGACCGAGUUGAGAAUAAUUUCCUUGCCCCCAAUCCGCGACCUCGACUGGCGUUGUGGUUAUAAGAAUCAUCUGACGACCCAGAAACGACGUCGAGCUGCGCUUGGUCAACGCUUUGGUACGGCUGCUUUGCCUGGACAAGGGUGUGCGCGAUGUGUAAGAGAGCGUCGUGCUUUCGAAUCUUGUGUUGUUAUGCACCCACAAGGUUCCGGAAGGGCUCUGUUUACUGGUGCAUGUAUGAACUGCGCAUUUGAUUACCAACCAACGGAGUGCAGCUUUCGGGGCCUUAAUCCUCCAAAAUGGAUCAUCGAGUGGAUUCGUGCAAACAAUGGCAUCCUUCCACAGGGUAGUUUUGCUCAAGUUGUGGGACGUUUAUCUGUGCCUGCUCAUCCUGGAGUUCCUUCUUCUACUUCCACUCAAUCCCAGCAACAUGGUCCUACCUACUCUGCCAAAUGGUACAGAACGCCUUUGGAUGACGGCUCGCUAGCAAGUGACAUCACUGGCAUGAUUACCAUUCGUGAGGAUCUACGUGAGGUUCGUGCUCGUGUGGAGUACGAUAUCAAGAAAUUGUCGAAGUUUGCUGGAGAUGAUGGAUCGGACGAGGAGGCUCUUGAAGAUAACGAGCCGAACCCUUUCUACGAUUCUGCUUCUGAGCAUGGUGAUGAUGAUACUGGUUCGGCGGAUGCGAGAUCUGAGAAUGAUGAAUCGGAAGUUGAAUCGGGGGGUGUUGGUUCUCUGGGUGUUGGCUCGGUGGAUCUAAAUUCGGACGUUGUUGAUUCUGAUGUUGAUGGUGGUGAUGAUGUUGAUGGUGAUGUUGAUGGUGAUGUUGAGUCGGAUGAUGCUGACGAGUAA